AUGCCGUGCACGCACGCGGCGUACCUGCGUGCCGCCGCCGAGUGCCGCACGCCCUGCGACGCGGUGGCGCUGGCGGCCGACCCGUCGCUCGGCCUGAGCUACGAGGCGCUCCUCUCCAUCUGCGCAGCGCGGCUCGUCGCGGCGACCAAAGCGAGCAUGGGCCGGCACCGCGCCAAGGCGGCCGCGAUCACGCAGCGGUACGAGGGCGGCGCGCACCUCGUCGCCAUCGCGUCCGAGCUCGACCUUCCGCCGACCAUGCUGGCACGAGUCGUGCUUGAGGAGAGGUACAGCCUGCGCAAGGGCGCCAAGGGGAGGCACGGCGCCGGCGCGCUGCUGCGAAGCCCCUCGCUCAUCGACGACCCGCGGCUGCGCAGCGAGGUGGCUGCCGCCGUGGCGUCGGACGCAGCAUACGGCCCUGCGGCGCGCCGGCUGACCGGGCUGCAGCAGGAGCUUGUGCUAUCACAGGAGCUGCGCGCGCGUGGCAUCCCCUUCCUCUCCGAGGAGCAGCUGCGCGAGAGAGGCGAGGCCAAGACGCCCGACGCGCUGCUGCCGGUCCCGCUGCUGGUUCGGGGCCGCCAGUUCGCGAGCUACGUCAACCGGUACGCGUCGGGGCUGGUGCUUUACUGGUUCGGCUUCGACGAGGCGAUCGACGACAGCGACGACCUCGUGCUGCUCGACGCCUUCCCCGACGACUGCGAGCUGAUGAGCCACUGCGCGCUGCUCACCGCGCCGGCGCUGGCUCGCUAG